UAGUGGGUAUCUUUGCAGCGGUGCGGAUUUUCCGGUUAAUUACGCUGGCUAAUGGUGAUAUCAGACCUUAUAAACAGGCGCAACCUCAGUCAUUUUGCGAACCUCGGAAUUUCUUAUCCUUAAGCGACGAAGGCGACAAGCCAUGUGGAUUUACAAGGUUAUUCUAUGUGUCACUCUCGUGGUCCACUCAGAAAGCAAGAGAAACCCCCUACAGGAUUACCAGAAGAGUGAUGGGGUUCGCCUUUAUGCACCAGACGCCUCCUUCCUGACCAAGAAAAAGUCCCUCACCGUGGCCAAGUGCGCCCGGAGGUGCAGCCGCAACAGAACACCUUUUACCUGCAGAGCGUUCGGCUUCGACCAGAAAAACAGGAAAUGCCACUGGCUCUCGUUCGACAGCCUCACUCCAGGGGUCCAGAAGGAGCGCGACUUCAACUUCGACCUCUACGAGAAGAAAGAUUAUGUGAGGCAGUGCAUCGUCGGCACCGGGCUAAACUACAAGGGAACCAAGUCCGUCACCAAAUCGGGAGUUCGGUGCCAGGCCUGGGCGUCGAACAUGCCGCAAGAGCACAACUUUCUGCCGGCGUUGCACAAGGACAAGGAGCUGGUGGAAAACUACUGCCGCAACCCAGACAAUGAGAAAACGGGACCGUGGUGUUUCACAACUGACCCCAAACUCCGGGAAGAGUCCUGCGGCAUUCCCCAGUGCUCUGAGGUGGAAUGCGUGAAGUGCAAUGGAGAGAGGUACCGGGGCCCCAUGGACCACACGGAGAGCGGGAGAGAGUGCCAGAGAUGGGACCUGAUGGAGCCCCACCAACACCCCUUCCACCCUAAAAGGUACCCCGACAAGGGCCUGAGCGAUAACUUCUGCCGUAACCCCGACAACCGCCUCCGCCCGUGGUGCUUCACGACGGACCCCGAGACGCCCUGGGAGUACUGCGACAUUAAGGCAUGCGACUCAGAUUCAGAGACUGACAAGCAGUUGACAACCAAAUGUUACCGCGGUCACGGGGAGGAGUAUCGCGGGACAGUCAGCGCAACGCCCAGCGGAGUGACAUGCCAACGCUGGGAUUCCCAGUUUCCCCACAACCACUCCUACAGCCCCCAGAACUACAAGUGCAAAGACCUGCGGGAGAAUUACUGCCGUAACCCGGAUGGGGCGGAAUUGCCCUGGUGCUUCACCACAGAUGCCAGAGUGCGGAUGGCCUUCUGCACCAACAUUCCCCGCUGCGGGGCGGCGACCCGUGAAGCCGAAGAGUGUUACGAGGGAAAUGGCGAGGAGUACCGCGGCCGCUUGUCCAAGACGAGAUCUGGCAUCCCAUGUCGACCGUGGGAAGAGACGACCAAAAGUGGGGACAGGGAGGCCUCGGCAACAGAAACAGGCCUGGAGCUCAACUACUGCAGGAAUCCGGAUAAGGACAAACAUGGGCCGUGGUGCACCACCAACAGCUCCUCCAUCCCCUGGGACUACUGCAUGAUAAAGCCCUGUAAACUGCCAUCAAAAAUGACCCCUCCAAAAAGUGACACGCCAAAGCUGUCCUGCUUUGUUCAUAAAACCACAAGGAUUGUGGGAGGAACUCCUGUCGGAAUCAAGGAAGGAAGCUGGAUGGUUAGCAUACAGAAGAGCAACAUGCACUGGUGUGGUGGAUCUCUAAUUCGAGAAAAGUGGGUCCUGACCAACCGACAGUGUUUCUCCUCAUGCGUUCCUGACCUGACCGAGUACAGCGUGUGGACGGGCUUCGUACACCUCAACGAUUCUGGCGGGAACGUGUCCAGCCGGCAGGAGCUGAAGAUCGCCCACGUUGUCUGCGGCCCUGAGGACUCCAACCUGGCCCUGCUGAAGCUCUCGCAACCCGCCACGCUGACUGAUCAUGUGUGGACCAUCCAGCUGCCCAUUGCUGGGUGCGCCAUGAGAGAGGGCGUCAACUGCACCGUGUACGGAUGGGGGGAAACGCAAGGGACCGGACACGAAGGCGUGAUGAAGGCGGUGCGGCUGCCAAUGGUGAGCAACGAGAGGUGUUACGAGUACCACCGGAGGAACAUCCCGCUGACGGACACCCGGAUCUGUGCCGGAGGGAGGAGGAAAGAGGGGGUCUGUGAUAAGGACUACGGCGGGCCGUUGGUGUGCCAGGAGGGGGAGAGCAAAGUCAUCGUCGGCGUGAGCACUCACGGCCGGGGCUGCGCCCUGGCCAACCGCCCCGCCAUCUUCAUCAACGUGCCCUUCUACACGGACUGGAUCUACAAGGUCUUCAAGUAUUACUCCCACCUGGAGGAGAACCAGUUGUGAGAAAGCAAG